AUGGUCUCUAAAACUUCAAAGACUCCUCAACCAAAGUUGAAACAAGAGUCCACAGACACGACCAAAGAUUCAGUCGCUCUGGGCAAUAAUGCGGAAUCCUUCCACCCAGACAACAUAACACUACCUACAUUCCGCAAUCUCCUAAGCUACUACCCUAAAACGGUCGAACAAGUCCACCGAAACAAGCUCAUACUAAAGCUCCAAUCCAAGCCAAAGAAAGGCGCAAAAGGCAAAACGGAUAAAAAGGCCAACAUAACGCUUCUACAGCACACGGAGCUUGAUCCGUCCCAGGAAGCAUAUAUUGACGCCGAGGUCGAGAAAUUCGUUAAACUCGAUCAGUGGCGAUAUGAGGACAUGCCCGGGAUCAUUGCGGAGCGAAAGGUUUCGAAUGAGGAGGUGGUGAACAAGGAAGAUCUGAUUACCGUCAUGGAGUGGAAGACAACGCACGGUACACCCAGACCAAUGCUCAUGGGCAUGAUAAAAUCCAACCAAAGCAACCUCGUCUCGAAAUGCACGUCGAGUGCUAUAUCGGCUCUACCAACUGCACACCCAAUCCUUGAUGCGGAGAAUGCAUUUCCCAAAACCAGUAUGGAUGCACUAAAUCCACUCCGCGGUGUUGGUGUAGCAACCGCCUCACUUGUCCUGUCUAUCGCGACAGGGCGAAACGAGUAUGCGCAGCAGAUACCCUUUUACAGCGACGAUAUGUUCCUCUGGCUCGUUGUUAAGGAUUAUCCCAGCACGAAGUUGAGCACGAAGCCGAAAGUUGAUUCGAAAUUCAUGCGUCCGAAUGGGGAGUUGAAUGUUAGGUAUACUUUGAAUGAAUAUCGGGAGUUAUGGGAUGCGUGUGCGGAGUUGCGGAUGCGGCUUAACAAGGAAGUCGAUAGAGAUGAAGGAUAUGUGUCUCCAAAUGAUAUUGAGAAGGUUGCGUAUGUUUUGCGCAAUAUUGAUGUGUCGGGGUUUUUUGCUCAGGAUCCUGGUGCUGUUGCUGAUUUGCAGAAGGGGGUGGAGGGAGAGACUGCUCAGAAACGGAAACGGGAGGAUACGGAUACCUCUGAGUUGAAAGUUGUGAGGGCGACUAGGAGUAAGAGGAAGGCUGAGUGA